CCCGGCUUAGCUAGCGUCGCAGGCCCCUAGAGCCGCCCAAUGAUUUCGCAUUCUUCCUUUCGCAGUUGCAGAGCGACGGCUUCUUGGACUUGGAGGACGACGACAAGAACAUGUGGGACGACGAGCCCGACGACGAGAGUGCGGCGCGCGCCGGCGGCGCCUCGCCGUGGGAGGGCUCGGCGCAGGGAGGCGCGGGGGCCCGCGGCGCGGCGGAGGCCUACCGGCUGGAGAGCGAAAACUUCUUAGCGAUGAAGUUCGAUAGCAAAAACAUGUGGGACGACGAGUCCGACGGCGAGGGUGCGGCGCAGCCCGGCGGCGCCUCGCCGUGGGACGGCGGCACGUCGGAGUGCGUGUCGGAGGGCUGGGCGCAGUUCGACAGCUUCGCACAGGGAGACCCCUUCUGGCCCUCCUCCGAGCUGGAGUCCGAGCGGCGCGACGAGCGGCAGGACGAGUCUGACAUGCACGACGACAAGGACACGCUCACCAUCCUGCUGGCGCAGAAGAUGCUCACUGCCUUCCGCAACAUGGCGCCCGACGAAGCGCUGCUGCAGGAGCAGGCCGGCCCGACGGACGCGCACCAACAGCAUUUGCCGCACGAGGCGCAGAACGCGCACGAAGCGCACCAACAGCAUCUGCCGCACGAGGCGCAGAACGCGCACGAAGCGCAAAUCGCGCAGGAGGCGCAAACCGCACACGAGGCGCAGAAAACUCAAGAAUUGCAAACCGCGCCCGAGGCGCAAAAUACGCACGAAGAGCAAAUCGCGCAUGAGGCGCAUAACGUCCAACAGGCGCUGACCGCGCAGGAAGCGCAGAUCUCGCAGGAAGUGCGAACCGCGCAUGAGGUGCAGAACGCCCGAGAAGCGAAAACCGCGCAAGAAGCGCAAACGGCGCACGAGGUGCAGAACGCCCGGGAAGAGCUAACCGCACAGGAAGCGCAAACUGGACACGUGGCACAGAACGCCCAUGAAGUGCAAACCGCGCAGGAAGUGCAAACCGCGCAGGAAGUGCAAACCACGCACGAAGAGCAGAACGCGCACGAAGAGCAGAACGCGCACGAAGAGCAGAACGCGCACGAAGAGCACCCGCCACACGAGGGCCCCGCGGCGCCCGGCGCCGACUCGUGAUGCGUCCCCCCUCCCGCCCGCAGCCGCCGCCCGCCCGCGUCGCGUCGGCCGCGCGCUCCUUCGACUUUAGGCAAAAACAUUCGUAUGCGAUACGGUCACUCGGUCGGUCUCGCAGAGCGAUGUUUUUUUAUUCUGUAACGAAGUGAGCGUGGUGUCGCAUACUUUCAUACUUCGUCGCGUGACGAGUCGUAGGCGAUCGGUGCGAGCGGCGACCCGAGCCGUCUGAGCCGCACCGAAUCGACGAACGCUACGAGCUUUGACGUAAUGUUAAAUUUUGUAUCAAUAAUAUCGUAUCAUUGCAAAAAUGUAACUUUAUUUAAUGUGUAUUUGUUUAAUGAUUACUUUAAAAUGUAUCAAUGUCCACGAAUCGUAGACGAUGCGAGUUAACUUGAAUAAUGUGUUCACCUCGCUUGAUCGUAGAAAUAUAGGUCACCCAAUGUUGAAUUCAUUUAAUGUCCGAAACACGAGCGUUAUGUAGGGGGUCCCCUAAAAAAAAUCUUUAAAUCAAAACGUAAUAGUAGCGACCCCUGUGUGACCCCGAUGUCGUCUGUAGGCUGUCAGUUGUACCUCCGGGCGACACGUCGAGGGUAUAUUAUUUCUCCAACCUCUCGUCAUUUAUAGUAAUGACGAGAGGUUGGAGCUCCGAGUGCUCAGACGUCGUGUGUGUAAAUAGCUUCGCUGUAAAUAUUGCGCCGCUCAGUGAUAAGUGCAGAUAAGUGCAAAUAAGUGCAGAUAAGUGCGGAAGCAGGACUUCUAGGACUCUUUUUUAUAUUCCAGAGUUAGAAGUUGCUCUUCAGGAUUCAAUUAAACUUUGUUACAUAUAUAAUCAUUAUUAUUAUUUAGAAGUAUUCAAUGAAUGAAUCCUGGCUCUGUGCAAGGCCAUCCCCUCAUGAGUUAUUAUAUAUGUCUGUUUGAACGGCGAGUGAGCCAGUGGAACGGGCGCGGGACUAAGCGUGCCCGUUCGGCGGCGUGCUGUAGUUGUUAAGUAAUAAAUUUUAUUCGAUGUUACUGGCGAGGUUCGACUGUUGCUGUUAGCGUCGUUCGUGUUGCGUACUACGUGGAGCCUUAUUGCGUACCUAAUCAAAUAUAUUAUUAUAUUAAGUAAGUCGCUAUUUGCAAUAUCUACGAGUAUUAUCUCUCGCUGAGGAACAGAAUUUAGUCUAAUUGGUCAUAUCCAGUUCGUUCGAUAUCAGUUAACAUAUCGACGUGACGUGUCGUGACGUGUCGUGACGUGUCGUGACGUGUCGUAACUUAUCGUGAUGUGUCGAGUGCUAUUUGUUGAAUACUGAUGCAGCUUUAAUUUUUAUCGGACUCUAUUUACCUGAAACGCCAUUCGUUCAAUGGUUUUCGUGAGCGUCUUGUGUUCUGAUUGUUCUCAUGAAAUGCACUUGAUAUAAAUGCUACAUCAUACCGGACGUGUCAACGUAAUGAAAUCGUGUACAAAUUUAUUUUAUAUUAUGAAAUUUAAUCAUUUUUUCUACGAGUUACAUAUUUAAUAAGAUUAAUAUCAGUAAUAAAAUAAUUCGCUCCCGAGCAGGCGUCAUAUCAAAGUUUUAGUCGAUAUCACGACUGUAUCGCUCGUUGAAUCAAAAGGCGUACAUACAAGUUGUGUUCAUGUAUCGCACGGAGCAACCGUUCCACGUCUGUCUCAUGCGCACUUUUGAAUCAACAGUAGCGAUUUGUCUCGGUUAGUUAUGAAAUCGUGAAACCGUGCCCUGUCCAUGUGCACGUACUCUACCCUCGUUCACUGCCUAUCACACUGCGU